AUGGUUAUAUAUGAUUUACUUGAAACUUCAGAUAAAAAUACUAAUAACAGUGGGACUAAUAAUUUAGAUAAUACUAAUGAAAGCGAAGAUUUAGAAAGCUUAAUAUUAAAUAUUGCAGAUUCAGUAGAUUUAGUGUUGCAAGAAUUUUUAGCAUCUGGAGAUACAAUAUUUUUUUUAGAUUCUGUUACAACUAAUCGGGCUAGAGAUGUAG